CCGGCCAAGAAUAAGUCGAAAAGGUUUUCAGUCGUACGCCAGAAUUGAAGAGAAAAACAUUUCAGAGCCCGGCGAUUAAUUUCCCUGUCGGUCAAACCGCGCAUCAGUUUAUUUUCUCGAUUUUUCUCUCCUUGCACUGCUUGAUGAUCAUGGACUUUUGGACGAAAGUUCUAUUAAGUUGGUGCCAAUCGGAAAAUGGAAAAAGCAAAUAAGAGGAUCAGAAGAGGACGCAAAUCUCCGAAGGUGCCGAUCGAGACCUACAAGUGGGAAGACGUGAGAAGAUCCCGACGAAGAGGAGGAUAUCCCUGGACUCAUCUCUACAAGGAACCUUUGUACGAACAUCUGGAUCCGGAACCUUGGACCAUGGAAGGCAUGCGCAAAGCCAAGAGCUCCUCGACUAUGGGCAAAUCAGAUGAUUUCUCCAUAUCUGAAGUAACCACGUUCGAUAACAGAUCUGCAGUGGAAGAAGUUCUUGACGAUCCUAGUGUAGAUAUUAAAGACAUGACGCAUUCCAUGAAGACGAGUUGUAGUUCAUUGAAUCUUGAAGAACAAGAAAUCGACGAUGACAUUGAGCGUGCCUACGAAGUAAUCGAUAAAGAGGAAACCGCUCAAACCCCUGGAAUGUUUUUCUUAAAUUCUGAGGAAAGCUCCGAUGAUAUUAGCCAGUAUCUGGACAAAGAAGAACGUCUACCAUCGCAGGAUUCAAAAGCAUCACAAGAUCAAUUGAAGCCUGAAAACGAGAUGUCGGCGAAGAAGCGGAAAUUAUCGGCAGAAAGCAGCAACAGCAAAUUGAGCCUGGGAAAGAAAGCCUUCAUACAGAAACUAAAAGGCACCACAGAAAAAAUCAAAGCGCCGAAACUAACUUUUCCUACCAAGUUAAAAAAACCGAUACCUAAAAAAACUAAAAACUCUCCACCACAAAUCAAAAAACCCACCCAAAGUUCCACAGCUACUUCAUCUAACACCAAACCUGUUUACAUUCAUAUACCGCUGAAACCUCCUCCCGGUGAAACUGAUCAAUACUCUCAUUUGGAAAAUGAGCCUUUAGAGAAAGAAGCAGCAACUAGAAAACCAGCAAGUUUCAGAGAUUUAGUCAAAACUAUUAAGCAUCUACAAGAGCCACCUAUCGAGCACAAACACCCAUCGCCUAUAAGAGAACUCAAAGAAGAAGAACCUGAAGAUUCGCAUAACAAAGAGCUGGUUGAUGUUACUGUUAAAAUGCUCGUAGCAGAAGAACAUGUUUUCGACAUUGAAAAAAAAGAAAUUCCAGAGGAAUCUACAAUAACAAACGGAAAUUGCAAGGCCACCGAUGAAGUAACAACCCAAAUUGACACACCCGAAGAUGUUACAGAAGAUACAAGUUCACCGGUUAUCGAAGCACCGGACGAAGACUACUUCAAUAAACUUUUCGAAGCUUCCACUUCGAGAGAAAGGACUAAUUCGCAAAAAGAAAACAGAAAUGUCCGUUCGAAAUCGGCCGAGCCAGAACGUAAACGCAAAGCUUCUUUGGAAAGCAGCUACAGUCGAAAAAGCUUAUCCAAACUGGGCUUUCUGAAGAAACUCCGCGACGCCAAAGAUAAAUUGAAAAGCUCGCUUUCUCGAACCACAUCCAAAAAGGACGUUAAAGCGAAGGAUACACCCAAAUCCAAUGAGAAGACCAAAGAAAAGGAUAUUGUUGACAAACCCAAAGAACAAUUAAAACCGAAGAAACACGUAGAACCUGUUUACAUACACAUUCCUUUACGACCUCCCGAAGGCGAAACCGAUCAAUUUUCUCAUCUAAAAUACGAAGCUCCCGCAACAGUUGUUCCUAAAGAACCAGAAUCUAAAAGUGAAAGCGAUCCCGAAUGUUCAAUUAAUACUCCAGAUGUUGCGCCCGAUGUCCAGUUAAUAAUACUAACAGCUCCUUCGGAUGAUGAGAUAUUGGAUUACAAUAGCUCGGACGUUCCGGAAACGCCGGUUUCGGAAAAUAAACCUUUCUUCCCGUUGAAGGUACACGAAUUGAAGAAAAUCGCAAAAGAUGCCAUCAAUGAAGUAACAAACGGAGCCACCUCUAACAAAUUAGCUUCGGUAGCCGAAGAAAAUGGUAAAAAUUCUCACGAAGAACAAAUCAUUACAGAACUGGAAGAAGAUAAAAAAGUCGAGCAUAUGACUAUUGAUGAGGAAGACGGUUUAAGUGAGGCUAAAAAAGAUGAAAUUGUCGUAGAAGGAACUGAAGAUGCUGGUAUUAAAGAAGAAAUUAAAAUUGUAGAGCAAGAAUUAACUAUAACUGAUGAUACGAUUGAUAAUGCAAGUAAAGUAAGCGAAUCAGCAAGCUGCAAUGAAGAUAUCGAUAAACCUGAGGAAGUAGUUAAAACGGUCACCGAAGAAAAAUCAAUUAUUGAAGAUAAACCGGAAUUAAAAUCGGUUCUCAAGGCACCCAAUUCGCCGGUAAUGAAGAAAAAAGUUUCGUUUAAGCGCAAAUCGAAGAGCAAAAGUAGCGAAGAAGAAACUGAUAAGCCCGAAGCCAAGGAAGUCAUUACGGUUACUGAAGAUGGCACCGAUUUGAAAGAUGACGAGAAACAUAAAGAAAAAUGGUCCGAAACAAACGACCAUGAACCAGAACAUUUGCAACCACCGCUAAACACCGAGCUACAGACAAUUAACCUAAACAAUACCCCAGCAGUUGUAAUCAGUACCGAAGAAGCAAUGGGAUUGUCCGAUCAAGACAACUACAAUCUAAGCGCUAAGCACGUGUACGAAGAAAUAUCCGAAGACACCCACAAGAAACCCCUCAAGACCCAAAAAGUCGCCUUCUCCGCAACAUCUGACUCGCGGAGUUCAGAAACUAGCGAGAAGAAACCGGCUCCCAAAGAAGCUCGAGGUAAAUUCCAAGCGGCUUUCAAGCAGAAGGCCAGCAACUUCAAGACGAAGCUGCAGAGCAUCAAGAAACCGCACAUCACGCUGCCGGAGAGGCCGAAAUUCCAGAAGCCCAAUUUGCAGCGAUUCAAAAUCGAGAAGCCCAAAUGGAGCAUGCCGAAGAUGCCGGAUACUGCUAAGAUCAGUUUGCCGCACUUUAGCCUACCGCGAAAGGGGGCUAAGAAGCCGGCGAAACGAAUUUCGUCGACGGAGUCCACCUCCGGUGGCUCUAAGAAAAUCACGUUCGAUUUCGGUACUUAUCCUAGGAUCUUCAAGCGGAAAUCCAAGCCGGACGUCGCACCGCAGUUUGCGACUGUUCCGAGAGCGAAGAAGACCGACAGCAGCAAGUCUACCGAAGACAGUAGAAGGAGCGCUACGGAUUCCAUAAGGAUUCCUCUGCAUUCCGAAGAUUCGACGGAUAAGGAUGAGUUAAAUUCGCGAGUAGAAUCUAGUGAUUUAAUCGAACCAUCUCAUAUCAGAUAUAGCGAAGGUAUCGAUAGUGAAGAUGAAUACGAGAGAGAAACUAAGGAGGUGAUGGAGGAGAGAGAUUUUCUUAGUCGGUGGCAGAGAGGCAGAUUCAAUCCCGAUGAAUUUGGCGAUGAACGAAGGCAGCCUAGAGUCACGGAUUUGGAUUCACCAACUGAAGACAAAGAAUUCUCCUCGAACAACGGAAAGGAGCCGAAUUAUUCUUCUAGCAGCUCGGUAGCCGUUCAUCGGCAAGGCGUUUUGGAAGAAAUUAAUCCGGACGAAUUCUUCCUGAGGCAAAAAGGAAUAUCGCAAGAUAACAUUGAAGUGGGGAUGUAUCUGAGCACUGAAAUUAGAGAAGCGUUCAGAAAUCCCACGAACGCUUUGGUCCAAAUGGAGGAGAACAAUUUCAAUAAGGGCUCCCACCACUCCUUGCCGGAAUUGCAAAAUAAACGAAAACCUAUAAAGAAACCCAAACGCAAGAAAACCCCUCAUGCCUCACAGGAAAGAAUUCAGUACGGAGAAGAAAGCGCUGAUGAAGAAACCGACGCAAUCCCGCCUUCAAGGCCGAAACGCCGCAGCAAAAAGAAGAAGAAGACAAACGAAGAAUUUAUUCCCUACCAAGAGACCAUACAAGUAGAUUUAACACAAGACGAAAGAUUGACCCAACACAGAGAAAGCCUGGGCAUUCUAGCAGACGAUGAACAAGACUUCACCUACGAAAACGAAGCAAUGGAAGGAAUCGAACAACCGGAAAUAAGAAUUACCGAUCCUUACAAAAACUACGGUGAAGACGAAAUAGAAGAAAUCGAAGAUGAUGUAGAAAAUGACGAGAACGAACCGGAAGAAGAUUUGUACGUUCCCGAGGCGCCGCCACGUUUGAAACCGAAAAGCAUCAAGAGUUUAAAAACGUUUGAAAUGGGAUCUGCCAUUCGAACUUUCGAAGUCGUUUCAACGAUCCCGAAAAAUAAAAAAGUCCCGGAACGAAUCAGUUAUCACACGAAGGAAAAAGAAGUCAAUGAAUACCCGCAGAUAUCAAGUCACGAAUUAAACAUUACCGAACCUGAAAUGAGUAGAGAAAAUUUCAAUAAUUAUCGUUACUUGGACGAAAGCAUCGAAGAUUUACCACCUCCAGCUCCACCGCGUAAGCACAAAAGUGUCAAGAGUUUGACAAUUUCAGAGAACGAGUCUCUGCCUGGCGAUUUGGUAGCUAAUCGGAUGGUUUUCAGUUCUGAGAAAACUCUUGAGGAACCUCAGAUCGACGCCAUUAGAACGGAAUCCAAAAUAAUAAUACCAAUAGAACCCGAAAUCCAACCUCCAAUUCGUCCUCUAAGGUCAAGAUCCAGAGGCAAUUCUAAUUCCAGAACAGGCUCAAGAGCUGCAUCUGAAACAAGAACAAUUCCUCAGGAAGAUAACAAUAGUGUUUGCCAAGAAGAGGAUCUACCAGUGCCAUGUAUUGAAGAGCCCUGUACUCAGACCAUCUGCGACUACAUGGGUUACACCACAGUGGACAGAAACAAACCUAGGGAUCCUCCUCUACCGCCACCCAGAUCGUUGCAGAGGAAGAAGAAACCAAAGAGAACGCAGGAGAACAAUUUCUUUACAAUACCGAGAACAAGAAGUCAGGUGGAGAAUGAUACACCUGUUAGACCGUCUAGAAUCUACAGUACAAUUCUACCUAAUCACAAAGCUGAUGCAGAAAAUAAGGAAAAUCUCGACAUAGACAUUUUGCAGUACAUCGAACAAGACAGCAACAGCAGCAGUCGAAAUUUACAAUCUGGAGAGGUGAUUGAGAAGAUCAAAGUCCGACCUCUACCGACUCCUCCGAGGCCCCCUCGAAAACUGAAGCCCCUCGCCGACAUCACGUCUAGAGAAAACAUAGCGGUAGAUUCAACCGAAGAUAUAAAGAAAUCUACUGCCGGCGAAAGCGAAGUAUACACUCAAACCGAACCUCUGCCGGAGGAUUUUGUGUGCGAAGAAGUGGUGCAGGAACCGACAGACAGGGUUAUCAUUCCUUCGCAAACUGCGGAAGGUCGUAGAGUAAAAAGGGAAUUGAUUACUCCGACUAUGUUUACACAUGAAGAGACGGUAACUCACGGUUCGUUGAUAGUAGAACCCCUAAACGGUGCAAGGAUUUUGCCCGAUUCUGAUUUCUCUGAAAUACGCAAAGAGAAGAUUAUACCAGUGCACGUGGAAUCCGAUAAUGAAGAAACUUCUUCGAUACCAGAUGAGUUUCACAAACUAUCAGAUCCCGUGGUUGAGAACAAACCUUUAAAUACCAAUGAAGAUGGAAAAGAGGCAAAAAAAUCUGCGGUUAAUGAAAUGGACGUACUCAAAGCGAACAAACUUCAAGUGAUUGAUCUGGAUGUCGAUACGUUAACUGUUAACAGACUGUUAGCUGGGAAAAUCGUUGUAUCAGAAAUCGAUAGCAAUUCGAUUCAAACGAAUGAAAUAUCUUCAAAAACCGGUAGUUCCAAAGUAGCCGAUAUCAGCCUACCUCCCGAAGUUUUGGAGCAAAUUGUUAAAUCCAUCCGAAGCAAUUACAGUCCGGAGGAACAAGAAAAACCACAAAGUGAAAAUAUUGAACAAAAAAAAACUCCGAUUGAACCCAGCCCAAGUAGAGAACCCACGAUAGAACCUUGCCCCGAAGAAGCUUUCGAGAUUUCCACUAACCAAAACGUAGAAGAACCAGUAACAAGCGAAGAAGAAAGAAUAUCUGAUACAUCCCAUCCCGAAACUGUACCGCUUGAAGAACCUAAAGAAGUACCUUCAGUUUUUUCAGAACCUGCAGUUAUGUCGCAUACAGAAGAACAAGAAAUCCCUCUCCUAACGAACCCGGAAUCAACCGAGGCAGCAGAAGAACCUCCCCACAGACCGCCCCGUCAAUCGGAACGCCUGAAAGCCUCGCAGUCCACCACAGAAGUCUCGAUGCAAGAGCCGGAAGUAGACGACGAGCCGCCGCCGAGGCCCCCGCACCUCCCUCUCGGCUACAUGCCCUCCCAGCCGCCAGUCAGCUUCUACGCUCUCCGAGCGCAGAAAUACGUCGAAGACAACAUUCCCGCGGUGCCGCGAAGGAGGAGACCAGCGCGGGCCAAGCACCCGGCCCGGUCGAGCUCCGAGGACUCGUCGGACGGCUCGCCCGUCGCCCGGCGGCUCCACCGGCACGCCAGCGAGCCCACCGUCGCCCAGCUGACCGGCCAGCUCGCCAGGGCGUGCGCCUCGCAAGCGAACAGCGCGCUCAAAAGACUGAUCAACUACAUUUUAAACAACGUGUUCCACAACGAAGACGGCAAGCAGGACUUGAACGUGAUGAUCAUCAUCAUUCUAGUGCUUAUCGCAGGACUGUUAUUGUUAGGUUACGGGGAGGAAAGGACUGUUAUCCAUUUGCACCACUGGGAGUACUUCAAUCCGCCUAAAGAUUUGUAAUUUGUUGAUUUAUUAUUAUUAAAAACGAACGAUUAUAGUUUUAUUUGUAAUUUUUAAGUAUGUUAUGAAACGCAUGGGAAUUUGUUAUUUGUAAAACUAUUAUAAAAUAUAUUGUUAAAGGGAA